AUGAACGGCCAGCUGCUCAAGACGGAGUAUCUGCCCAUCCAGAUUGGUGGUAUCUUUGCAGCUUACGGGGUCUCUCUGCUGCUAGUUUCCAUGAUACUAGCCCUUCUUUCAAAGAAACGACGGCUUCACAACGACAAUCGUGCUACGGCCAUGUCUACACAUCUCUAUGGCUCGGGUCAUGGGCCUGCUUUGGCAUUUCCGACGGACAAGACUUCGUUACUGCCACUGGACGAGCUGGCCCUAAAGAAGGGCUAUUUCUCAACUACAAACAGCAUGCCUCAUCCGGCGAGUGCAGUUCCAUACUCGCCAUACCAGCCCGGCAUGUUCUGCACCACUGUCACUUCCUUCCUAGUGACGGAACAAGAUAGGAAACAAGCAAAGAGAAUGGCUCCUGUAGGCCCCGUGUUGGAAAUGGUGAAGAGCCCUGAUGAAAUUUGGUAG